ACUCAGUUCAAUAUAUUUAUCCUACGUCGUUCACUGCAAUAUUUGUUUGAACUCUAAUUUACUACGGAUCAAGCGUAAACAGACAAAAUGCAAGGAUUAUCACUUCAGAGCUUGAAAAAACACAAAGCCUUGAUCCCGUUGUACGUGUGUACUGCGCUGGGGUGCGGCGGUGCGCUCGUGUAUUUAGCACGGCUUGCGUUUCGCUCCCCUGACGUUUCAUGGAACAAGAAGUCCAACCCUGAACCCUGGGAAGAGUACAGGGCAAAACAAUACAAGUUCUACUCACCCAUCAGGGACUACUCCAAGGAAGAAUCACCAGCACCCAAGUUUUAAAUUGUAUAAAUUAUGUACUGCAAUAGAUAUUUAUGAUUUAAUAAAAUAGUUAUGUGAUACUUCAAA